AAGAAAGAGAUUCAAGAUGAGCGGAGGAAUGCCAGAAUUAGGCUCGAAGAUUAGUUUAAUAUCGAAAGCAGAUAUUCGUUAUGAGGGCCGACUCUUUACUGUUGAUCCUCAAGAAUGUACGAUUGCUCUAGCUAAUGUACGUUCUUUUGGGACUGAGGAUAGAGAAACACAACUUCCAGUGGCACCACAGAAUCAAGUAUAUGAAUACAUUUUAUUCCGUGGUUCAGAUAUUAAAGAUAUUAGAGUUGUCAACAAUGUCAGUUCUAUUCCAAAUGAUCCAGCAAUUGUGCAGAUGACGGUACAACCGUCUAUGAGUCAGCAAUCAUACCAACCACAACCUAGUUAUGCUCAUCCAAUGAUGGGUCCAAUGGGUGGACAAUAUGGAACACCUUAUGGCAUGACAAUGGGCACCAUGGGACCUGUAAUGGGAAUGCCAACUUCUAGAGAUCCUCGUGGACCAAUAAAUAAACAGCCAAGUGAGUUGAGCUUGGGCUCUGCUGAACCCAAUGCCAUCUCUAUCCCAAACUCACUACCGACGGCCAAUGUCGACCCAUUACCAAAAGACCAAUCUCUGGAAGAUGGUGUAUUAGAUCUCAUUAGUGGAGGUUCACGAUCAACAACUCCAACUUCAUCUUUAUUGACACGAAAAAGUCCAACUAUGGAUCAAAGUAUUCAGGUAGGCCAUCAACAACAACAACAACAACAGCAGAGUGGAAAUGUUGGCAAGCUUGGUGAAAAGACGAAUAUAAGAACUAUUCAACCUGCUCGACGUGAUCACGAUAGCCAUAGUGGUAAUAAAACAGGAGGUACUGUAUCACAAUAUAAUGAUGGAAAACGUGAUACAAUGAAACAAGAUGGUCAACUUCAAGGUCAAGGUACACAUGCUCAAGGUGGUCGCGGAAAUCGUGGAGGAUGGAUGAAUCGUGGAAAUAUGCGUGGCAGAGGAAGAGGUCGUGGUGGUUUUAGAAAUCAACCCGGUAAUGCUGGUGCCAAACCCAAGAAUACGCUGAAAUUUGAUAAUGAUUAUGAUUUUGAACAAGCUAAUACUGAGUUCGAAGAAUUAAGAUCUCAAUUAGCAAAAACGAAAAUUGAUUCUGGUGCUGAUAAUGAAAAGAAGGAUGAUAGUGGUAAUGAAACUGGAGCAGGUGAAGGUGAACCAGAAGAAGAACCAGAGAUAGUUCAUUAUGACAAAUCAAAAUCGUUCUUUGAUAACAUCAGUUGCGAAGCAGUAGAGAGAAGUAAAGGACGAUUCCAACGUACAGACUGGAGGACAGAGCGCAAAUUGAACUCUGAAACAUUUGGUGUAGCGUCAACGAGACGCGGUGGUUUUCGUGGACGCGGUUAUUAUAAUCGUGGAAUGGGAGGCAUGUAUCGAGGUGGUGGUGCUGGUGGUUCUGGUUUCCGAGGUGGUUAUAGAGGUUCCAGAGGUGGAAAUCGUAAACCUGCUAACCAACAACAGCAAAAUAAUCCUGGCAGUCAAAAUCGCACGACCAACGAACAAUCUGCUACUCAAUCACAGCAGAAUAGUCGCGUUGUAUCUUUUUGAAUGAACAACGCACUACUAUAUAUAUAAGUAUUCACUUUAGAUUAAGAUUUUUACGAUACGUGCUCUGCCCUUGUGGACUGAUUUGAAUUCGAGUUUCAAAAAGAAAGAUUGAAAGAAAGAAAUUAAGAGGAAAAAUAAAAAAAUAAAAAAUAAAAAAAAAAACAAAAAAAAACAGAAAAAGUUCUUUGAGAGAACUUUAUUGUGAGUUUUUUGUAUUAUCACGCAGGAAUAUAGGAAACUAAUCAGUGCUUUGCAGAUCCUGCGUUUAGAAUUUCUGGACAAAUAAAAAUGAAUCUUAUUGCUAUAAGUAGUUAAUUUUCGAAAACUCGAUAUUCAAAACCAUCAUGUCCUACAAAUUAAGGAAUCGUCAAAUGCUUCUGAAUGUAAUUAAGUACAAUACACGCCGGACGGUAGAAACAAACGUAUAUUUGCAAACAAACAUAUAUGAAAAAACAAGUUUUAAAUUUUCAGUUGAGCUUUUGUUUGUAUACAAUUAUACUAUUAAUUAAUUCGACAAGCAUGCAACUCCGAUUAAGUGAAAGAGAAUCUCAAAGAAAUUUUUGUAACACAACGUAAGAGAAUAGAACGUGAAGAUGAGAAAAAAAAACAAGAAAAAAUGACUAGAACAAGAAAAAUGAAUAAUUUUUCGCGUUGCAUGUGUUAUGAUUUUGUGGAAUCGAGAGAUAAAGCAGUAAUUAUUCUUUUCUUUCGUGAAUAAAAAUCGAACAAAGAAAAAUUAGAAAAACAAAAAUAAAACAUGCGUAAAUCGCAAAAUAGAGUAGGACAAUAUUAUGGUUAUUUGGAACAGUCAAAACUUUAUUUAUUUAUGAUGACCGUGUAUGCGAAUUAAGCUGAAAUAAUUAUUUUACUCACGUAUUUACCAGGGGGUUUUGAUUUUCGAACAGGAACGUUAAAUUGUUCCUUAUAUAAAAAAAAAAAAGAUAAAAAAAAUAAAAAAAAAAGAUUGAUUUUGUAUGAUUCAUAGAGAUACGCGUGCGCACGAGGCCGAAUCGUACAUCGAUUGUAUUGACUAUUAAUUUUUGAAAUAUUGAACGUGGUAUGCUAGUGAAAGAGAAAAUGGGAGUGCGAAUGCCUUCUUGUAGUUCGACUGCGUUUAAUAUCUUCGAGUCUCGAAGAAAUCGUUUGAUGUACGAGAACGUUGUGCGCCGAUCGCGAGUAGCGUUGCGAGAGUAAGACUCUAAAAGCAUGAUAAUGUCCUUAAAAAUAUAAGACGUAAAAAAGAAAGGCAGAAUAAGUAUAUUAUUUGCGACUGUUAUUUUCUUAUGGCUCAUAUGGAGUCCCAAACGUAUACAGAUAUAUACAUACAUAACAUGAGAUUUAGUUGCAUAUAAAUUGAAAACCUCCAUAAGCUAUCAGUAAAGUUGCAAAGUAAGGUAAAACUACAAAAAAAGUAUAAAUCAUAUAUGAAUAAAGAUAAGUAAAAUAGGAAGGAAUAUGGGGAAAGAAGAAAUAUAACUUUUAAGUUUUAUGCAUUACUCGUGUAAAGAAAUGCACGGUAUAUGUGGUUUUCCGAUGAUGAAUUUUUGUUUUGUACAGCAGAUAUUGUGAUUCCCAAUGCUGAAUAAUACUGAAGUAAUAAAAUAA